GGGGCUUAAUCAUGAAGGGACCUUCCUGUUGCUAGCGGAUCUCAAGAGCUAGGUACCUUGCAGCAUCCCCAUGGCCACUCUUGAAUGAAAACAAAGCCAACAGGGAAGACAUCAGGGGAGACCCCAUCAAGUGACAAGUCACGUUUACCAGAUCCUAAUGCUGCUGUGAUCUCUCGCAUGGAAAGUGCAAAUGAGGCAUAUGUCCUGGACCUUCAGGAUUCAAGUGAAGGGGAGACGCUAAGAGAUGGCAUUGAGAUGAUAAAUAAAGAUGAUGAAGAGGAAGAAGAACCACAGAAAAUACAGAAAGAAAACAAGGAGAUUCACAGAGGUGCAGAAAAGCAACAUGAAGUCUCUCCAGAGAAGGGAGUCAUGGCAGAAAAGAGGUUGGUAGAAAGUACUAAUUGUGAAGCCAGUAAUGGUGAAUUUGUAAGUUUGGGGGAACAGGAAUCUGUGGACAAUCUUUCUGAUAAUGACAAGGUGCCCAAAGCCACCAUUUGUCCUGACUGUGGGAAAAGUUUUAGUAACAGCUCUCACCUUGUCCGGCACCGUCGUGUCCAUACUGGUGAGAAACCCUACAAAUGCCCCCACUGUGACAAAAGCUAUCGCCAAGACUCCCACCUUGUUCAGCAUAUGCGCUCUCACACAGGUGAAAAGCCAUACCGCUGUACCCAUUGUGGCAAGGGCUUCUCACAGAGCUCCAACCUUAUCAUCCACCAACGGACUCACACGGGUGAACGCCCUUUCACCUGUCCAGAGUGUGGCCGGAGCUUCAGCCAUAGCUCUGAUCUGAUUCAGCAUAAGCGGAUCCACACAGGAGAGAAGCCCUAUGUCUGCUCCAUCUGUGGAAAAUGCUUUUCACAAAGCUCCAAGGUCACCCAGCACAAGCGCUUCCAUUCAGGGGAGCGACCCUUCUCCUGUGGGGAAUGCACCAAGACAUUCCGUCUUCGCGCUGACCUGGUCCGCCACCUCCGUGCCCACACUGGUGAGCGGCCCUUUGGCUGCCCGGAGUGUGGGAAGCACUUUGCCGAGAGCUCCCAUCUCAUCCGACACCAGAGGAUCCACAUGAGCGAGCGGCCUUUCCGCUGUCCGGACUGUGGGAAAGGUUUCAACCAGAGCUCCAACCUUCAGCAGCACCAGCGGGUGCACCGAGGGCAGAAACCCUUCAAGUGCGAUGAGUGCGGAAAAAGUUUUGGUGUCAGCUCAGCACUGUUGCAACACCAGCGCACACACACUGGUGAACGACCUUACUGCUGUAGCCAGUGUGGGAAGAGCUUCAGCGUCAGCUCUACCUAUCAUAUACACCAGCGUAUCCAUGCUGGUCAAAAGCCCUACUCAUGCGCCGAUUGUGGGAAAGGGUUUGUGCGCAGUUCUGCUCUCCUUCAGCACCAAGCCACCCAUACUGGUGAAAAGCCCUUCCGAUGCCCUUAUUGUGGCAGGGGUUUUGGGCAGAAAUCGGCACUCUCUCAGCACCGACGAGCCCAUGUGAGAAGAGGAGAAACAAUGACUUUGGUGGAGGGGUGGGAAGGUGCCGGCAUGGAAAGUAUUGGGGAUCAAGAGGUGGGAGGAGAGGUGGACAGCAUGUGGCAAGGAAAUGGUCUAGGGAUUGUGGGGCAAGAGUGGCACACAGAUGGGGAUGAGGGCAUCCGACAGGAGUGGGAGGAUGAUGGGGAUGAUGCAAUGAGGGUAGAAUGGCAGGAUGAUGGAGAUGAGAGUGGAGAGCAGAAAUUGCAGGAUGGUAGCAGAGAGAGCAUGAGGCAAGAAUGGAAAAGUGGCAUGGAUGAAAGAGUGAAGAUACAGUGGCGAGAUGAAGAGGAUGAGGGUGUGGAGCAGGGGUCACAGGAUGAUUGCACUGACAGCAUGAGGCUGGAGUGUCAGAUCGAUGAUGACGAAGAAAGGGUGGAGGAAGGUUUGCAGGAUGGUGAUGAAGGCAUGAGGCUCGAGUGUCAAGAUGAUAAUGAUGAUGAUGAUGAUGAUGAUGAUGAAGAAGAAUGCACGGAGGAGGUCCUGCAUGAUGGUAGUGGUCAAAGCAUGCAGGGAAAGUGUCUGGAUGAGAGUGGGGAGCACAAUUGGCAGGAUGAUAAAAAAGAAAACAUAAGAGCAGAGUGGAGGAAUGCCAUAGAGGAUAAUUUCAGGCAGAGGAAAACAAGAGUAGAACAGGAGUGGCAGGACAGUGAAGGUGAUAGUGACAGACAAAGUUGGUUGGGAGAUGGAGAGGACAGCUUGGAGGGAGAAGGGGAGAGAGGGAGGAGUAGGAGACACGCUUGGCACAACAAAGAUGAGGAUCCUCUGGAGUUCAAGUGAAUAGCUGGGCUAUAGUGGAAAAAGAGAAAGGGAAUGGCAUGCCCAGGGAAUUAUUGACAGCCAAAAGCAGGAAGCCACCACUCAAGAUGUAAUGGACAGAAAUAGCCAAACUGUAUCUUGAUGCAAAGUGGUCUUAUUCUUCUGCAGCGACUAUGGCUGUAUUUGUAUUUGUGGGAGAUUGCUGGGGAUGAUCCCCUUCCCCACCCCAGUACCUGCAUGCCUGGGCUAGGAAGCACUGAGUAGCUGCUUCCUGGUCAAGUUGUAUGAUGACUGAGAUUCCUGUAUUGUCCCAAGUCUUGUGCCAUUAGCUGUUCAAAUUAAUUCCAAAUUGGAUGGCUUUAUCCAGUCUGUUUUUAAUCUUACCAUACGUACGUAUAUGGCGUGCCAUGCUGUGGAACUCAAACCAUUAGGCUCCUCCCCUGAGGUAGGUGCCUUGACAUAAAGAAGUGGGAGCCUCUCCUUACUGUGGGAGCAAUUCUUGCUGUAUACCUGGAAUUGGUUUGGUAGGAGGGGCACCACAUCUUCAUCAGAAAGCUUUGAAAUCACAAAAGGUGCUUUGUGAGCAAACCCCAUUAACAUCAUGUUUUAUUUUCAGUUAUUUAGAAGCCCAGACAAAUCUGGGGACGUAUGUAAAACUCCAGUAUUUAACUAGAAGAGCUUUUAAAACUUUUAUUGCAUGCUCCAGAUCUUUUACCCUCUAUCCUCAACUGUAGUUAUUUUUGUAACAUUCCCGUUUCCUGUUUUUUCCCCAUGUCUCCCUUUAAUGAACUAAUAAAUGCUCUUUUUGAUUCCA